GACCCCCGGGAGGCCGUGGCCGACGGGCGGCGCCUCCUGGGCACUGGGUGGUCGUGGCCGGGCUGGGGACGCUGUUGGAGAGGGGAGCCGCCAGGACCUCGAGCGCCGGGCAGCGGGAGACCAGCCCAGGGUCUGAAGACGCGGGAGGCGGCCUCAGCCCCUCCUGCCCUUGAGUGCCCUUACCUCCGGUCAGUGUCCCGGCCGCGGCGGCAUUAGGGGAAGUGUCCGGUCCGGCCCUGUGGAGUGGGGGAGCAAGCGCGUCCUGUCUGCCCGCUGGCCACCAAACACGCUUCCUUCUCUUGUUCUUUUCCUGUUGGCGCUGGAGCGAAGCGAAAAGUUACCAUGGUGGCGCCUGGAGUGGCUGCCGGGCUGCCGGCCCACCCGGCUGCCCGCAGGAGGGGGCCCUUCUGAUCCUGGCCAGGGCAGCCUUGUGUGAUCAGAUGGCCCUGAUGGGGCUGGCUCUCGGGCCCCCUUAACACUCAGGAGUUUGUGACCAGACUGCAGACAACAGGACCUCAGUAAGGUCCAGCCUGGGAGUUCGGGGUUUUGUGGCUGCCAGCCCUGCUCAACUGUGGGGGAGCUGGGACUCAGCUGGGUGCUUGGUUGUUCUGUGCUCUCCUGAGAGCCCCUCCUGUGGGGCCCCCUCCCUCUGCCUGCCUCUGAGGGCAGUGUAAGCUCCUGUGGGAGGACCCCGCCCCCAGAGCUGGGCUCCAGGGAAGAUGGAGUAAGUUGAUCCUUACACUUCUGAGGGCCUUUCUCAACCGUGGGGAGAAGGGUCGGGAGAAGGGUAGUGUUUCUGUGGCCCAGGUGCCUGGAGGAGGGCCCCAGAUGGGCAGGGAGCCUGGGAACCCCUGUUCUGAAGCCCUGCUGGUGGGUGCGGCCUGGCCUUGGUGUCAGGCACCUCUCACUUCCUCUUGGGUUGUCCUGCUCCCUGGAGGAGUGCUUCUUUUUUCUUCUGCAUCUGAAGCUGUCUAGAGCUGCUCCCUGUGAGCAACCAGGCUGGUGACCUCGUGACCUCCUGAAAGCCAGGCUUAAUUAAACUCAGUGAUUGCUAGGCUUUGGAGAGGGAGUGGGUUUUACCUUGUGUCUCUGCUCUAAGGACCCCUGUCCCAGACCAGGUGCUCUGAGAGCAGGAAACGGCUGGGUCCUCCAACCCUUCUGGACGGGGUCAUUUGCUGAAACUCUUUGGUUUCAGGCUCUGCAUUAGACUCUCUGGACCUGUGUCAGACAGCAUCCUGCUGAGCCCUGCUUUACAGACAGGAGGCCCAGGCUGAGGGCAGCCGGGCUGUGGGGAGGGAUGAGUGGACUGCACAUCCAGUCCUUCCAGCCCCUGCUUCCACCGCCCCCGAUGUUUGUCUUUUAUUUGGGAAGAAGGACUCUGCACCCUAGAGGUUCUCUAAAACCAUGGAUGUCUUCAUGGGCCUCAGCGGGUCGCAGAAGAGCCUGCGGGGCUGGUUGUGUAAGAGUCCAAGCCCAGACUCGGCCCAGGUGCUCCCUGCCCCCAGGUCAGCUGCUCUUUUGCCCGCACUGACUCCAGCCCUCCCACCUGGCACCUGCAGGAGCAUCCCAAAGCAGGGACAUGCUGGUGUCUCUCUUGCCUAACCUCUUGUGCCACGUUCCCAGGCAGGACCACCCCCCCAGCACCACCCCCCCCAAGAGUGCCCAGUAGGCUUGUGGGGUCCCUUUGGUGUCCCCGGCUCCCCGUGCCCAGCGCUACCCCAGCGGCACCAAGGCAGGUGGUCAGCGAGCAUCCUGCAUCAGCUGCAGGCUGCUCUGGUGACCCAGCUCUGAACUCAGAGGGGCCUCUGGGCCGCGGGGCCAGAACGGCACCUGCUCCUGGGGAUGAGAACCGGCCCGCCCGUCUCCACCUUCCUGGAUGAGGGGAAGGAGGGUGUGGGUGGAGUUUGGACUUGGACACCUGCCCAGGCACACCUGUCACUCUGGGUCACCCUGUGGAUGGCUGUGCUGGAGCUGCCAGGACGGUGCAGGGAGCUGGGGGCCACAGGGGAGCAGCAGGGACCUGACGCCCCCAGGACGCGCUGUCUCUCCAGUGAGGACUUGUCCGGCGCUCCGGCCUCCCUGGCUAUCCUGGAGGCACCAUCUCCCUCCAGCAGCGGCUCCGCCCCUGCUGUCUGCUUCCCCCUCCCUGGUGGCCAGACCGCGGGACGGGGCUGGACAGCGCUGCAAGACAUCAGAGGGAAAGCAGGCUGAUAGCUGCUGUUGACGAGAGCCAUGGCGUCUGUGUCCUGAGGAGGUGCUCAUGGCUUCGCUCCCUCGGCCUCUGGGCUGAGCCUGGAGCUGAGGCAGUGCCUGCUGCUGACCCUUCCAUGGCCGACCUGGAGAUGCUCCCCACGGCCCAUCUGCCUCCCCAGGGUGAGCCAGAGGCUCCAGUGCCUUUAUGUCCCUGAAGCAACUCUGCCUCCGCGAGGCCUGCGGUCACCAGCCGCCCAGGCCACACUGCUCUGCGGCCACUUGGCCAACAGAAAUGGGGAAGUGCCAGAGGCAAGCGCCUGUCGUCAGGUGGCUCUGAACUUGUGAACUGGAAAGCAAAGUUGUGGUGGCGUCCCUGGCUCCCUGUCAGAAGUUUCCUUUUUCUUGAGGCUUGACUGAGCGGGUACGACUAGAGACAGAGAACACGCUGGGACUCUGCGUCCCAUCCUCUGGUCUCCCUGCCAGCAAGCCACCCCUCGCUUGUGGGUGUCACUCUGGGGAGCUGUCUCCACCCCUCCCUCCCAGAAAGCAGGGACCUGGAAGCAGAGCCCUGCCGGCCAUGUGACCCGCACGGGGUGGGGGGCCCAGGAUCCGGACUGCAGCUGGACACUGCGGGGCCGAGGUGCGGAGACAGCGGCCUCCUGAAGCAUGUACAGGGGAGGGUCUGAGGCCGGACCAUUUCCUCCCGGGCCGGGUAGUGGAAUGCUGGUUCCUGUUUUGUUCCUGCAGCUGGUUUUCAGGGGGCAUUGAUGGUGACUCUCAGCAGAAUCUCCACAGCCCCCUCCUCAAGGUUCUGGCCCGGCCGGUGGGGGUGUCUGGGCCUCACAGUGCACCUGGGAAGGACAGGAGGCGUGUGCCCCGUGGGCAGGUGGUACCAGGACCUGGGUCCCGGGGAGUCUUGCUGACUGCUUGCUGAGAGCCCUGACUCUCGCCCCCCAGGCACUUUUCCCUGGUGGCCCCAGCCAUGGCAGAGCCAGGGUGCAGGAGGCCUUGUCCCCUGUGGCCCUGGCUGGCCUAAACAGUGGUGGUCUUGGACCAGGCAGCUAGGAGCAGCUGAGUCAGGCCCCAGACUGCACAGUGUGAGGCCCUGCCGCCAGACGGGCUGUGGCCAGGAGCCUGGGCUUGGGCUGGGAGGUGAGGCUCAGGGGCAGGUCUUCCAGGUAGGCGGCCCUCCCCCACUGGACAGGUCUGGACUUUGGCCCUGGAGCAGCAGCCCAGCCUGCAGGCUUAUCACUAGGACCCAGAGUCCAUCGGCCAGGGGUGCCAACCUGUCUCCCUGCUGCAGGACUCCGCCCGCCACCCCAAGACCAAGGUUGGCACGGAAGCCAGGCCCUGUCCUCGCAACCUACCCUGGGCUCUGGCUGUGGGUGGGCCGCCCCCAGCCAUCCUCUGUGCUCUCAGUGGGCACGGGCCUAGCUCCUGGUCAGCCCAAGCCUGGACCCAGGCGUAGGUGCUCCUGCUCCAUAGGCACCUUCGUGGCUUAGCUUCAGCUCGAGGCCUCGGCCACUCAGGGUUUGGCUGCGGAAAAGGAGUGUUGGAGAUGCUCAGGGUCUCUCCCCGGGAAAGCGCCCGCGUGGGGUGGGGGCAGGAGGCUGGGGGCUGGCCUGAUUGCGGUGCGUCUGCCUUGUCACCGUGGAGGGGCAGGUGUCCUGAAGGACCUGCUCGGCGUGGGCCUGACCGCCGUGAGCACCCCCUCGCAGCCCAGGGAGCAGGGCUCCGGCUGCAGCCGCCGCCCACGUGUGACUCGUCCCCGUGGGGUGAGCGUCCGCCGCGGGAGGAGAAGGGCCGCGACUGGAGGCUCACACGGGCCUCACCCUGACGUCAGGUGGGCCCGGCGGCGUGUCAGGCGUGUCGGGUGACAUGAGUCCGUUCCCCUGUCCUGCCUUUUCCACGUGGCUGUCGGGAGUGAGAAGGGACCCCUGUGGCUCGUGGCACACUCCCACUGGGCGGCUCUCCUGUCGGUGGACGUGGGGAGCAUUGGCUUUGCAGCUACUGGGGACCCCCACCCCCCACCCCCCAGUUGGCUCUGGUCGAGCUGAGGGGAAGCCUGAGUGGUGGGUGACUUUUAGGGUCACCGGGCCUUCAGCAGUCUCUCCAGCCCUGGUCUGGGUCCCUUGGAGGAACAGGUCCGGCGGGCGUGUUGCUGCCCGGCUCUCUGGCCUGACUGCAGCCCUGAGGGCAGGGCCCAGGCCCUCCCCCGUGCAGAGCCGCUGUGCUGCUGGGCCCUGGGCGCCUGCUGGGAGGGGGUCGUGUGUGAUGGACCUGGGCUGAGGCAGAGCUGCUGGUCACCUGCUUGACCAGAAAGCGAAGGGGACACCCAUGGUGGCCCAGAGGCGGCCCAGGCGUCUUCCCUCACCUGACUGGGACUCAGCUCGUCUGAAAGGAGACGCCCCCCCCACCCACCCACCCACCAGCCUCCCACCUCAGGGCAGGAGCACCUGGGCCCACGCCUCCCGAGAGCAGGCAGCCUCCUGGGCCCCUUCCUGCUCACUGUCUCCAGGUCAGGGGAGGCUGUCCUCCACAGGGGCCUUGGUGGUGACUGUGGACGGUGCCCAGGGCUCGUCAGCCCUACCGGGCACUCCUCUUCCAGCUCAUGUUUUCUGGUUAAAUAUCUUCUCGAUCAUUUCUUUCAGGGUGAGACCCAUUCUGAAGGCCAGCAACCGUGGCACGGACGCCUUGCCCUGGGGGCGCCAAGGGGGCCAUAAUGGGGGUUGCCGUGGGGCAGGGGGGACCCUGCGGUGGCCCUGCUGCAGGCGCCCCUGCUGCCCCAGAAGCCGCGCGUGCACUGGGACCCUCCAGGCGCCGUAGUCACGUGUCUCUUCUCUCUCUGUCUCUGUCAUUUCUGUUGUGCUCCUCGGACCAGCCCGGCUCGCGAGGCCGCCCUCCUCCAUGCUCCGCCUCGCCCGCCGCCGCCGGCGCCCUGUGACCAGGCCCGGCGCUCAGCGUGGCCACCACGGGGGCCAUGGGGAGCUCCGCCUCCUCGCUGGCCGCCGAGACCGAGUCGGACCACGGCUUCCCCCGGGGCCCACCCUGCCCGGGGCCCCCGGCAGCGGCUGGCUGGGGUAGGAGUGGCCCCGGGGGGCCUGCGUGGGGCGACAGCCUGGGCACCCGGCAGCACCCGCCCCCGCGGCCCCGGGCCCGAAGCCACACGCACUCGCCCGGGCCCAUGGCCACGGUCGGGGAAUGGGCCUGCGCACGCUGCACCUUCCUGAACCCGGCCGGCCAGCGCCAGUGCUCCAUCUGCGAGGCCCCACGGCACAAGCCCGACCUGGACCGGAUCCUGCGGCUCAGCGUGGAGGAGCAGAAGUGGCCAUGUGCCCGCUGCACAUUCCGCAACCUUCUGGGCAGGGGGGCCUGCGAGGUGUGUGGCUUUACCCCCGAGCCUGGCCCGGGGGCCCCCCCGCUGCCCAUCAUCAACGGGGCGCCCCCAGAGCCCCCGGGCAGCUGCCGGGACGAGACGGGGCCCCUGCGGACGGCGGGGCCGGUGGCUGUGGAGCCGGCAGGUGGACGGCCGGCGGAGGCAGAGGGGCAGGAGGGGGGCGCGGCUGCGCCUGGGAGCGGCUGGGCCUGCCAACGCUGCACGCUGCACAACACGCCUGUGGCCAGCUCCUGCUCGGCCUGUGGGGGGCCCCGGAAACUCUCGCUGCCCAGGAUCCCUCCCGAGGCACUUGUGGUCCCGGAAGUCGUGGCUCCUGCAGGCUUCCCCGGCGUGUCGGCCCCGGCCCAGCCUGGGGAAGGCGCCGAGGCCAACACUCCUUCUGCUGUGGACCAGGAGCCCCCCCGGGGGCCACCCUUCAGCCCAUUCUCGCCCACCCUCCAGAACAACCCCGUGCCUCGCAGCCGCCGCGAGGUGCCCCCCCAGCUGCAGCCACCGGUGCCUGAAGCCGCCCAGCCCUCACCCUCUGCCAGCUCCAAGGGGCCCCCCCAGGGCCUGGGGCGGCCCACGGCCGGGGCCUCCCGCCUGGCGGAGCUGCUGUCAGGCAAGCGGCUGAGCUUCCUGGAGGAGGAGGCGGCCGCGGGAGGCCCCACGCUGCGCCCCCCGGGUCCCGCCAGCCCUGCACACUGCGAGGCUGGCAGCAGCACGCCAGGCAGCGACGUCAUCGACCUGGGCGGUGACAGCGUGCGUUACACGCCCGCCAGCCCCUCCAGCCCCGACUUCACCACCUGGUCGUGCGCCAGGUGCACGCUCAGGAACCCCACGGCGACCCCCCGGUGCACAGCGUGCGGCUGCUCCAAGCUGCACGGCUUCCAGGAGCACGGCGACGCCACCGCCCGCUGCCCCGACUGCAGUGCGGACCGGCCUGGGCCCUGCCCAGCCCACAAGGCCGGCCGCCCCCUCCCCGCAGCGCCAUCUGAGCGCCCGGGCCAGUGGGCCUGCCCCGCCUGCACCCUGCUCAACGCGCCUCGGGCCAAGCACUGUGCCACCUGCCACACCCCCCAGCUCAUGGCGGCCCAGCGCCGGGGCGUGGCGCCCCUGCGGCGCAGGGAAAGUGUGCUCGUGGAGAAGCGGCGGCAGACGGACGAGGGCGAGGCCAAGGCCCUGUGGGAGGACAUCGUGGCCUUCUGCCGGGAGAACAGCGUGAACUUUGUGGACGACAGCUUCCCCCCCGGGCCUGCGUCUGUGGGCUUCCCCGUGGGUGACAGUGUCCAGCAGCGCGUGCGUCAGUGGCUGCGGCCGCACGAGAUCAAUUGCUCCGUGUUCAGGGACCACAGCACCUCCUGGUCCGUGUUCCACACGCUCCGGCCCUCGGACAUCCUGCAGGGUCUCCUGGGGAACUGCUGGUUCUUGAGUGCGCUGGCAGUGCUGGCUGAGCGGCCGGACCUGGUUGAGCGGGUGAUGGUCACGCGCAGCCUGUGUGCAGAGGGUGCCUACCAGGUGCGGCUGUGCAAGGACGGCACGUGGACGACGGUGCUGGUGGACGACAUGCUGCCCUGUGACGAGGCCGGCUUCCUGCUCUUCUCCCAGGCUCAGCGCAAGCAGCUGUGGGUGGCCCUCAUUGAGAAGGCGCUGGCCAAGCUGCACGGCUCCUACUUCGCGCUCCAGGCCGGGCGUGCCAUAGAGGGCCUGGCCACGCUCACCGGUGCCCCCUGUGAGAGCCUGGCCUUGCAGGUCAGCUCCACGAACCCCCGCGAGGAACCGGUGGACACUGACCUCAUCUGGGCCAAAAUGCUGAGUUCUAAAGAGGCAGGGUUCCUCAUGGGUGCCUCCUGUGGUGGGGGCAACAUGAAGGUGGACGAUGCUGCCUAUGAGAGUCUAGGCCUGCGUCCCCGCCACGCCUACUCCAUCUUGGACGUCCGGGAUGUCCAGGGCUCCAGGCUCUUGCGCCUACGGAACCCAUGGGGCCGCUUCUCCUGGAACGGCAGCUGGUCAGACGAGUGGCCACACUGGCCGGGGCACCUGCGGAGUGAGCUCAUGCCGCAUGGCAGCAGCGAGGGUGUCUUCUGGAUGGAGUACAGCGACUUCGUCAGGUACUUCGACUCCGUGGAUAUCUGCAAGGUGCACUCGGACUGGCAGGAGGCGCGGGUGCAAGGCAGCUUCCCCAGCUCGGCCAGCGGGCCGGUGGGCGUGACGGCCCUCACGGUGCUGGAGCGCGCUUCCCUGGAGUUUGCCCUCUUCCAGGAGGGCAGCAGGCGCGCGGACUCAGUGGACAGUCACCUCCUGGACCUGUGUGUCCUGGUGUUCCGGGCCUCCUUUGGCAGCGGUGGCCGCCUGAGCCUGGGCCGCCUGCUAGCCCACAGCAAACGCGCUGUGAAGAAGUUCGUCAAUUGUGAUGUGAUGCUGGAGCCUGGCGAGUACGCUGUGGUGUGCUGUGCCUUCAACCACUGGGGCCCAGUGCCUGGCCCACCCGCCCUGCAGGCCUCCAGCCCCUCAGGGGGGACCCCGCGCAGCACCCCAGAGGCACCCGGCCACGUGCUGGCCGUGUACAGCUCGAGGCUCGUCAUGGUGGAGCCCGUGGAGGCUCAGCCGACCACGCUGGCCGACGCCAUCAUCUUGCUCACGGAGAGCAGGGGCGAACGGCACGAGGGCCGCGAGGGCAUGACCUGCUACUACCUGACGCACGGCUGGGCGGGGCUCAUCGUGGUUGUGGAGAAUCGGCACCCCAAGUCUUACCUGCACGUACAGUGCGACUGCUCCGACAGCUUCAACGUGGUGUCCACGCGCGGCAGCCUGCGCACCCAGGACAGCGUGCCACCCCUGCACAGGCAGGUCCUGGUGAUCCUAUCCCAGCUGGAAGGAAAUGCCGGCUUCUCCAUCACCCACCGCCUGGCGCACCGCAAGGCAGCGCAGGCCUUCCUCAGCGACUGGACGGCCUCCAAGGGCAGCCACAGCCCCCCACUCACGCCCGAGGUCGCUGGCCUGCACGGGCCCCGGCCGCUGUGACCUCCCUGCCCCCACCUGCCUGCCCCCACACGCACUUUAUGAGGGAGACCCCAACACAGGACGCUUGAACCACAAUCUCAGGACCCCCACCCAGGGAGCUCCAGCUGUGGGCACAACUCCCCCCGGCCCUCCCCCCACCCCUCCCUCCUGCCCAGGGCCUCCCAGCCACCCAGCAGAUUACCUCGAACCCACCUCCAGCUCUAGGUGGACAUGUGCCAGCCUCUCUGACCAGGCCACCUUGAGAUCUGGCUCCAACCUCCAGGGUCAGGGUGAGGCUUGCUCCUUAUCCAUGGGCCCGGGUCUCCUGCCCGGGUCAGGCAGCCAUGUGCUCCAAAUCCAAAUCUGGGCAGGUCAGAGGCCAGGACCCCAGAAAGAGAGCAGGGACCACCCUUGUCGUAGGGGUCAGAGGUCAGGACUCCAGGGUGAGAGCAGGGACCAUUUCUGUUUUGUGAUCAGAGGCCAGGACCCUGAGGUGAGCAGGGACCACCCCCUUGUUGGGUCAGGCCAGGACCCCAGGGUGAAAGUAGGGACCACCUCUAUUUUAGGGGGUCAAGCCCAGGGCCCAAGGAUGAGAGCAGGGACCACCCCAGUUUGGGGAGGUCAGAGGUCAAGACCCCAGGGUGAGAGUAGGGAUACCCCCUUGUGGCCAGAGGUUGAGAACCUUUCCUCAGUUUGCCCCCAUAUCCCACCUAUCCGCCCCACCCCCCACAAGCCCUCAUGUGGCCAGCAGGGGUCCCUGGAGCCCCAGCAGGGUCUGAGGAGGCAGGUGCCUGGCAACUGUGGGCUGAACCAGGGUGGGGAGGGACACUAUGCAAUUCCUGGCAUGCCAGCCAGGAUCGAAGCCAUGCCCUGGGCCGGGGCUGGGGUGGUGGUCAGGUGGUCCUGGGCCCAGCCCCGUGCUUGGCACCACCUGACCUGCAGGAGAAGCAGAGUCCCAGCGUCCCCCGGGCCGUGUCCAGGCACAUGCAGGGUGGGCCCCAGCCCCGCACCCCUCCCCUCUGAGCCAGCGUUCUCCCUGUGCUGCUCAGCCCUGAGCUCUGUGUCUGCCUAGGGAUGACUGAGGCCGCUUCCUGGGUGCCCAGCCUCACUGCCCAGCAGCCCCUGGCAGCAAGCAGCCCUGCCCGUGGUCCCUCGCUUUCCGUGGGGCUUGCUGGGUGGGGGGGGGGGGCAGAUUCACACCUGGAGAAGCACUAGACCCCCAGCCCCCUUUGUACUCCUGUUACUCUGAGUGGGGGGUUCGCACCUGGAGCAGCACCAGAAGCACUAGACCCCCCCACACCUGCCCCCUUUGUACUCCUCCUCGUACUCUGAGCUGUGAGUAUUUUUAACCCUGUACAUACGGCAGCUCUUCUGACGCAGAGACUAUUUUAUCAACGUCAGCGCCAUCCCCGUAGGAUGACCCCAUGGGUGUUUCCAGACUCAGGCUCCGACGGACCAAAUAAAGAUGUUUUGUUUUGUAA